CUGGGUCCUGGUAGGCUCUCGGAGCUGUCCGUUUUGACAGAGUGUUGUGCGCAGGCGCGAAAGGUACCGGGACUGGGCUGAGUGCCGGGGUCGCGGAGCUACUGGAUCGGUCGGAGAUGGCAGAGGUGGAAGAGACACUUAAGCGACUUCAGAGCCAGAAGGGAGUACAGGGAAUCAUCGUGGUGAACACAGAAGGCAUUCCCAUCAAGAGCACCAUGGACAAUCCCACCACCACACAGUAUGCCAACCUCAUGCAUAACUUCAUCUUGAAGGCCCGGAGCACCGUGCGUGAAAUCGACCCCCAGAAUGACCUCACCUUUCUUCGAAUUCGCUCCAAGAAAAAUGAAAUUAUGGUUGCACCAGAUAAAGACUAUUUCCUGAUUGUGAUUCAGAAUCCAACUGAAUAAGCCACUCUCUUGGCUCCGUGCAUCAUUCCUUAAUUUAAUAGCCCCCAAGAAUAAUAAUGUUAAGCAUGUCAACCAACUGGCAGGUGGAAAUCACCUUUGAGCCUACUUAGACCAGUCCAGUGACCAAAGUCAUCAAAGUCGUCCCUCUGCUGGCCAGUCACCCUUGAGUUCUUGGGUGGGCCUUCUUUCCUCAUCUCCAGAUUUUGGAGCAAGAGCUUUGAGUAGUCCACACCCUGCUUCCUUCUGACCUUCAGCUCACUUUGUCACCCUUGGAAAAGGCUGUUUUUCUUUAACUAAAAAUAACUGAAAUGCUUA